AUGCUUUUCGCCACUGGAGCCACAAUCGGCGAACUUAUAUACAACAUUCGGGACUCAUCGUUAGAUGUACUGUCUGGCGUGCUUGGCUGUCCAGUUUAUCCUCGACGACUCAUCACAAAAGAUGUGCUACGUCACUUCAGAAUAUUUGAAGGAGACUGUGUCAUUAGUAAGAGGCUCUCUCAUGAAGACAAUCACUUCAAGGUAGUUUCAUUUAGAAUAUUAGAACAGGGAACACAUGCUGCGAAUUCAGAUACUUGUCGAUCCGACGACAAAAAGGUGGAUUAUGCUAACUAA